GUGUUGAGUUGUCUGUGUGUGUCAGUCAGAGUCCCUCUCUCCUCCUCUGCUGGUAUUGUUGUUGUUAUUAUGGGAUGCCUUUGUGCCGCUGCUGCCCUCAGUCUGCGGAUCUCAGUAACUCGCACUGCCGGACAUAUUCGGUCAUGUCUCCCGGGCGUGCAUCGCGUCUGGCGGACUGAGGGUUUAUGAUUCCGCGCGGCUUUCGCUGAAGAUCGCAGAAGAUGCCUAGGAAGACGCUGCGCUCCGCCGUCGGGCUGCUCUGCGCGGGCGCCGGUCUAGUUCAGGGUAAGGUGUUCUGCUCUGGUGUGAAUAAUGAACAGUACCGCUGUGAGAUGGGCUACUGCUGCGGGGAGACGGAGUGCUGCACCUACUACUAUGAGCUGUGGUGGUUCUGGCUGGUGUGGACUCUGAUCAUCCUGAUGAGCUGCUGCUGCGCCUACAGACACCGGCGGGUGAAGAUGCGUCUGCAGCAGGAGCAGCGGCAAAGAGAGAUCAGCCUGAUGGCCUAUCAGGGGGCGUCCAGCUCCUACAUCAGCCCUGCACCACUCAACCUGCGCUUCUGGACGGACUGUAAGCUGCCGGACUAUGAGGAGGUGAUGGCGCACCCGCCCACACCCCCCCCGCCCUACUCAGAGUCUGCAGCCACUGCGGAAGGAGCUGUGGAGGAGCUGCAGCAGAGGGAGGAGCUACAUCAGGGGGAGGAGCUGCAGCAGGAGGAGGAGGAGCCCAGCGGCCGCCGCAGACACGUGACGGGCGACUCGGGCAUCGAGGUGUGUGUGUGCCAGCUGGAGGACGAGGACGAGCGGUGCAUGGGUGCUGACGGCGGCUGCUGCCCCGAACACCAGAGCCUGCAGGGGAAGGAGACGGAGCCGGCGGCACCACAAACACUGCAGCAGACACUGUAACACCGCUCUGCAGAGAGAGAGGGAGUGUGUGUGUGCGCGUGUGUGUGUCUGUUUCCCAGCAUCCCUCCGGCUUUCCUCCGCUCAGACUCAUCCACAGACUGUUUAUUUUUCACUGCUGCUCCGAAACUUCAGCCCCAAGAGACUGGCACACCUCCCACAGAACACACACGCACGCACAUACACACUCUCAUGCAUCCACACUGUCAGACACACACACACUUUUAUAUGUUUGUGUGCCUGAAACUUCCAUGAGUGCCGCUGGAGUCAUGACUUCAUGCAUGAGAGAGUGUGUGUUUGUGUCUCUGGAUGACUGUGUGUGCGUGCGCGUGUGUGUGUACAUGCAGCAGCACAGGCGUGAUCAGACGCUGAUAUCUGCAUGACGGAUGUGUAAAUCUGCACCUCCUGUCUGACCGGACUGAGCUUUACUGUAAGGGCUAUUCAGUGUGUGUGUGUGUGUGUGUUGCUCUUCAUCAUCAUAACUCUGCUGUUUACAGACUCUGUGCCUUUCCCUGUGGAGAAACAGACUGGUGGAUUCACUCGGCUAUGCAAAACUCGGCAGCAGCACCCUCGUGUGUGUGUGUGUGUGUGUGUGUGCUCACCCAGGUGCUCUGAAACAUAAAGCCUUUGCCGUUGAGCAGCUCCGCGUCAGCUACACGUAUGUGUUUAAUAAUAAUAAUGAUGUUUAACGAGGAGCUGAAACACACGCAGCUCUUCUGUGUGACUCCUGCACUGGAGUAGAGCUGUGCGGAGGUGUGUGUGAGCGCUGACGGCGAGCGUGAUGAUGAUGAUCUCGGCCGUGUGCUGUCUCUGCCGUCGACUGGUGUGUGUGUGGCGUCUGCUGUGUUUCUAUAGUCAUUUGUAUUUUAUUUUUGUAAUAAAACAAUAAAGCAGCUUUGGCACUCA